GUAAACCAGGAUUUAAACUACGGCUAUUCACCCUUAGAAAUUGUGUGCAGUAAGUGUAAUCUCUUUCACCGAAGCAUCGUAUAUUUAGAAAUGGCUCACCGUAUGACCAGAAAUCGUCUGGGUUCCUCAGAGAACCAAACUGCUCUGCAAGGCAAGGUGGUUCUGGGAACCAAGCCUACACUGAGAGCACGAGCUGCGCUUGGCGAAAUCGGAAAUGUUGGUGUCCCCAGACAGACUCUGAAAAAGGAUGUCAAGGCAGAACCCACAAAGGUGGUUGAGAGGAAGGCCAGUACACGGGUGGCAAAGGUCCCUGAAGUCCAACAACCCCAAAAAGUUGCUAUUGCCCCUGUUAAACUGGAGGUUCAGGUUUUACCUGAGCCAAUGUCUCCCACAGCAAUGGAGACCUCUGGCUGUGCUCCCAUUGAACUGUGCCAGGCCUUCUCUGAUGUUCUACUUAAUAUUAAAGAUGUGGAUGCUGAUGACUAUGACAACCCCAUGCUCUGCAGUGAAUAUGUGAAAGACAUCUACAAAUACCUUCAAAAACUUGAGGUUGAUCAGGCUGUUAAAACCAAUUAUCUGGAAGGACAGGAAAUUACAGGCAACAUGCGUGCCAUUCUCAUCGAUUGGCUCGUCCAGGUCCAAAUCAAGUUCCGCCUGCUGCAGGAGACCAUGUAUAUGACUGUGGGAAUCAUUGACCGCUUCCUUCAGGAUAACCCAGUGCCCAAAAAGCAACUUCAGUUGGUUGGUGUGACUGCCAUGUUCAUCGCCUCCAAAUACGAGGAGAUGUACCCUCCAGAGAUCGCAGACUUUGCAUUUGUGACUGACCGGGCCUACACCACUGCCCAGAUCAGGGACAUGGAAAUGACGAUACUGAGAGUGCUGAAGUUCAGCUUUGGCCGCCCUCUCCCCCUCCAGUUCCUCAGAAGGGCCUCAAAGAUUGGCGAGGUGACUGCUGAGCACCACACCCUGGCGAAGUACUUGGUGGAGCUCACCAUGGUGGACUAUGAGAUGGUGCACUUCCCUCCCUCCCAGGUGGCCAGUGCAGCCUUCGCCCUCACCCUGAAGGUCUUCAACUGCGGUGACUGGAGUUCCACACUGCAGCAUUACAUGAACUACACCGAAGACUGCCUAGUCCCGGUCAUGCAGCACAUAGCAAAAAAUGUUGUGAAGGUGAACGAGGGACAAACUAAGCAUAUGGCAGUUAAGAAUAAAUACUCUAGUCAGAAGCAUAUGAAAAUCGCCACCAUUUCACAGCUGAAGUCUUCGCUGAUCAAGGACCUUGCAAAGCAGCUCACCCUAUGAGAUGCCUGACAGCACUGCUGAUUGUACUGUACAGAAUGUAUGUAACUUAUGUGGUUUUAACAAUUAUGGGAGAAACAUUGGUGUUGGGUAGUGUACAGUCGGGUAGACAAAGCUUAUAUUCAAGUAAUGCUGUAUAUUCAAGUAAUGCCAAUAAACAUUUUACCAUUUUAAUUCC